AUGUGGGUUCUUUCCGACCAUAAACCAGCAUCGUGGCGAUGCCGGGCCGGGUUCCAGGACAAAGCCAGCGAGGGGCCGUUCACCUUCAGGAAGAGUGUGGAUGAAAGGACCCAGGAAAAGCUGUUUGCAGCUCAGUUCCAGGGAUUAGAAAGGAUUAAGGAGAGGGGCGGCCCCACGGCCCUGCCUCGAAGCUCCUGGGGGCACCGGUGCUGGUCUGGGCGUAGCGCCGCGGACGAGGUCCUGCGCGGGGCCUGCCUCGCCACCGGUGGGAGCGCGCAGGGGCCCGGGGGGCGCAAUGCCCGCCUCCAGCGCAGUCGGUCCCCAUCCUCCUCGUGGGUCCGCCACACCCCCUUCGUCGCUCCUCGGGCCCCUCCCGCGGCCUUGACCCUCGGGUUCCCCCCAAUGCUGUCUCCCCGGGGUGCUACCGAGGACCUGGACGGCGCUGGGCCCUCCAACCCGAAGCUGGGAUCCGAACUAGCAGGGUUCAGGGACCGUUCCUGGGCUCUGCUGGCUGCGUGUCUGCUUCUGGGGGCGUGUGAGCUAAGAGCGGACAAAACCUUCCGCCCCAAUAUUCUCCUGAUGAUGGCAGAUGACCUCGGCAUCGGGGACCUUGGCUGCUAUGGAAACGAUACGCUGAGGACACCAAAUAUCGACCAACUCGCCAGGGAAGGAGUGAGGCUCACGCAGCACCUGGCGGCGGCACCCCUCUGCACCCCGAGUCGAGCUGCUUUCCUGACGGGGAGACAUUCCUUGCGCUCAGGCAUGGAUGCCAGCGACGGGUACCGGGCACUCCAGUGGAACGGGGGCUCAGGCGGCCUCCCCGUGAACGAGACCACGUUUGCCAGAGUCCUGCAGCAGCAGGGCUACGUGACAGGCCUCGUAGACCCGGGCUGGCCCGCGGAGGUGGACGCGGCCACACGGGCCCAGCUCUGGCUGUACACGCAGGCCGUGGCCCUGGCAGUGCUGACCCUCGCUGCCGCCAGGGCCUGGGGCUCCAACUCCGUCCCCUGGACAGCCGUCUGGGGCCUGGCCGGCCUCGUCGCCCUGUUUUUCCUCUCCUGGUACGCCAGCUUCGGGUUUGUGCGUCGUUGGAAUUGCAUCUUGAUGAGGAACCAUGACGUCAUUGCACAGCCCAUGGAUUUGGAAAAGACCACCCUGCGAACGCUGAAGGAGGCAGUCGACUUCAUAGGAAGGUAUGGGAGUGGGGGUGGCCUUUUAUUCUGGUUUCUGUUUUCGUUACACUGUCCUGAUAUUUUUCUUUCCUUUUCUCAUGUUGUUUUCGGUGAAGGUGAAAUUCUUAAAACGAUUGAAGAAAACGGUUUGCAGAACUCGACGUUCGUGUAUUUCACCUCUGACCACGGAGGACAUCUCGAGGCCAGAGAUGGACACCAACAGCUGGGCGGGUGGAAUGGGGUCUACAGAGGAGGCAAAGGCAUGGGUGGCUGGGAAGGGGGUAUCCGUGUCCCUGGAAUCUUCCGAUGGCCUGGGGUGCUGCCCGCCGGCCGCGUCAUUGAUGAACCUACCAGCCUGAUGGACAUCUUCCCUACUGUGGUCCAGCUGGCAGGCGGUCAGGUGCCCCAGGACAGGGUGAUUGAUGGCCACAGUCUGCUGCCUUUGCUCCAGGGGUCUGUCCAGCACUCAGCCCAUGAGUUCCUGUUUCAUUACUGUGGCAAGCACCUCCACGCCGCUCGGUGGCACCAAAGAGACAGGGGAAGAGUGUGGAAGGUCCACUACGCGACUCCCCAGUUCCACCCCGAGGGCGCCGGCGCUUGCUACGGCCGCGGGGUGUGCCCGUGCUCGGGGGCAGGCGUGGCGCACCACAACCCGCCCCUGCUCUUCGAUCUCUCUGGAGAUCCCUCCGAGGCACGCCCCCUGUCCCCCAGCUCGGAGCCCCUGCAUGGCUCCGUGGUGGCCAGGGUGGCUGAGGCGGUGGAGGUGCACCGGCGAACCCUGAGCCCUGUGCCCCCGCAGUUCUCGGUGGGCAACAUCGUGUGGCGGCCCUGGCUGCAGCCCUGCUGCGGGGCCUUCCCCUUCUGCUCCUGCGAUGAGGACGGGGACCCCCUGCGAUGA